CGAAGGCUGAAUUCGACGACAAAGUGGGCUAUUUGGGCCAAAAUAUGGGCCCAUCGUACCGGGAAAGGGCGAGGCAAAUAGGCAAUUGCUUCAUGUUUGUGCUCGACUCCGUCGAGCUGGAUCUGAAUUCUGAAAGCUGAACAGAGUUUCAGGACAGAGGGCAGAGGAGGGAGAAACAGGCGGAGGAUGGUGGGGGGACGAGGAGGAGGGUCGGGGCGGCGGCAGGAGCGGCAGGCCCUGAUGGUGGCGUUCGCUCUGGCGCUGCUCAUGGGCACCGCCGUCUACUUCCGCAUCUGGGCUCGCCAGUCCAGCGACCCCUCCUUCACCGCCGACGACCGCGAGGAGCUCCGGAGGCAAUUUGAACAAGCAAACCUAGAAGCAAUGGAUGAAUCUGCCGAAUGGAGAAUGAAAUAUGACAAAGAAUUUGAGAAAACCAGGCAGCUGCAAGAUGAACUUUCAAAGGUUAAGGCCACAUUGGCUGGUACAGCCAGGCGUCUUGAGUUGUUGCAAAAGGAUAAUGAGAUGUGGAAGCGGCAGACUGAAUCACUGAAGCAGAAGUGCAAUUGCACUAUUCCAUUGAAAACCAUGCAAGAUUAAGGAUGUGGCAGGGUUUUUUCAACUUAUUUGGUUGAUUAGCUCAAAGCUUUUUGUUUGUUCAGCACCAGAGGGAGGAAAGCUAGAUUGAGGUCUGGGAAUUGGAAUAGAUGAAUUGAAGAAAUGGCUGCCAUAGUAGUUGGUACGUUUACUACUGAUGGUGAACUUCAUACUUCAUCGGAAGUGAUCGGUUGCCCGCCCAUGAGUAGCAAUACAGAAUACCGUAGGCACAACCUAUGAUAUGGCGGUUAGCUCCUUAUUUCAUUAAGGAUUUCAAGUUUUUAGUAAUUUUGGAUUGGCACUCUCUACCUGUAAAUACAGUGUAUUAAGGGAGCAAAAAAUUAGUGCCAAGGUACAAAACCAGGACACGCUUAUUGGCAAAAACUUUGUUAAUGCUUAUCUAAAAAAGGGUGCCAAUUGGAUUACAGCACAUGAAGCUGCCUUACCUCA